AUGAGUGCAUCCGUGAAAUACACAACCGGGCCGCCCGUCUACCGGGUCCCGAAGGGCCGUAUGGUUCUCGGGGAAGGUCCCAUCUACCGAGCCCGCGAUUCGACCUUGCAUUGGUUCGACCCUCUCGACUCGCCAAGCGAGCUAUACAUCCUCCCCGUUGACCCGGACACUGGCUCUCCUAAAGGUGAAGCGAAGGUCUUUACCCUCGAGGAUAGCAUCACUGUCGCAGCCUUCCGCAAGAACAAGCCUGGCAGCUACAUUGCAGCCUAUUACCAGGGUGUCUGCUUUCUGGAAGAAGCAACUGGCAAAUUCGAAGUCGCGCGCGAGAUCAUUCCGACUUCUGAGCGGGACCAGCGCAGGUUCAACGACGGUGGUGUCGAUGCUGCUGGACGCUUCUGGUUAGCAGAGAUUGAUAUUACGGCCACCAAGUUCUCACUCGGCCAACUCCCUAAGGAAUAUGGUGAGCCGAAGGGUAGACUUUGGAGAUAUGAUCCGGAUGGCAGCUUGCAUCUUAUGCUCCCUGGAGGUCUUGUCUGCGGAAAUGGUGUGAAAUGGAGCCAUGAUAACAAAACAAUGUAUUUGAACGAUUCCGUGGGACAAAAGAUCACGGCUUUGGAUUUUGAUCUCGAAACUGGCGCUGUUUCGAACCAGCGUACUCUGGUUGAUUUCCACGGAACAACUUCGGAACCAGAUGGAAUGGUUAUCGACAACGACGGGAACCUAUGGGUUGCUGUAUACGGGUCCAACCAUCUCAUGCACUUCAGCCCAGAGGGAAAGCUUUUGAAGCAAGUCAGGUUGCCAGCAAUGUGCCUCACCUGCCCGACUUGGGGCGGAAAGAACCACGACAUUCUGUAUCUCACGACAGCACGAGAUCGCUCUGAAAACCCAGAUCUGAACGACGACGGCGGCCAUAUCUACAAGUUCCUUCCUGAUGGUGCCAAAGGGCAGCCUAAGAAUGAAUUCGCAGGAUGA